AAGCAGGUGUGUCCAUGGAAACGCUGUCUUGUGUUUCUCAACUCCUGCACGUCAACAGCUCUAAGGAUGAAAUAUUGAUGGGGGAUAACUACUCCCAGUUGUGGCUAACUGUGUAGGUGUUGAAUAAUGAAGCUGAGCGGAUGUUUGAUCCUGGCUGUGGGCAUUUACCUGAAGGUCACCAAUAAUGCGAACCAGAUCACCAGUGGGUAUUUACCCGGCGCUGACCUGAUGAUCGCCAUCGGUGUGAUCAUCAUGGUGCUGGGAUUCCUGGGCUGCUGUGGAGCCAUCAGGGAGAACCGCUGCCUGCUGCUGCUGUUUUUCAUCAGCCUCUUGAUCAUCUUCAUCCUCCUGCUGGCGGCCGGCAUCCUGGGAGCUAUUGGUCAGAAGCAGGUGGAGAACUGGGUGAAGGAACAAAUGGACAAUCUGAACCCACUGUCCGGGCAACCAGCAGAGGUGGUGUCAGACCUGGAGAAGAUACAGAUACAGCUCCAUUGUUGUGGACUCCUGAACGGACCGUCGGACUGGGGCAGCAGCAUUCCCAGUUCAUGCAAUUGCAAUUCAACAGUAGCAAACUGUGGCAACAACGUUUAUUACACCACGCCGUGUGCGACGAAGGUCAUCACCCUGAUGAAGAACAGCAUGGUCAUUGUGCUGGGGAUCGCCUUCGCUAUAGCUGUGCUGUUGAUCUUCGGGAUGGCCUUCUCCAUGGUGCUGUACUGCCAGAUUGGGCGGAAGGAAGGAGCCACCAGACCUGCAAACGCCUGACACCUUUUCUUUUCGAACAUGUUCCAUAAAAUAACAGGUUUUACUUUAGUUUGUUGCUAUUUACAAAGUGUAAAUUUCUUUUUAGCAUAUUAUUAUACUUUAACAUUUGUACAGUGAGCAGAUUAGAUCAAAGCCUGUUGGGCUACGUCCAGGAUCUUUGAAGCGCGCCCUUCAACCCUGUCCAGGUCUGAAACACGAGGACAUGGUCAUUGUUCUAUUGACGUGUAAUAAAUGAUUAAUUUUGACUAAAUGUCUUCCACUUAAAUAAAAUUGGACUUAAUCAACCUG